AUGACCCAGGAUCAUACCAUUCUAGUUCAUAAUGGAAAAUUGACUAGUUCUCCGCCUCCACUUGAAAAAGUGAUAAAUCUUAACGAUUUUGAGGAAAUUGCUAGUAAGUUUUUGAAACCAGAAGUUUGGGCAUACUAUAGAACAGGUUCGCUUGAUGAAAUCACCUUGAGAGAAAAUAUACGUUCAUUUUCCAAAAUAUUCUUUAAGCCCCGAGUUUUGCAAGAUGUGAGAAACGUUGAUACAUCAACUAGGUUAUUAGGAACAAGCACUGCAUUACCCAUUUACAUUACGGCAUUUGCAAAUAGUGAAUGGGGGAACCCAUUGGCAGAGAAAAUCUACACCAGAGCAGCUGGAGAAGCAAAUUUAAUUUACAUGAUACCUACCAUGUCCAAAUAUACAUUAGAAGAAAUUGAAAGCGAAGCCCAUUCUGACCAAACACAAUGGUUACAAAUAUAUAUCAGCUCUACUGGAAAGGAAGGAUCAUUCGACAAAAUCAAGCAAGCAGAACGAUUAGGUAAUAUAAGUUCAAUUGCAUUCACUAUUGAUACUGCACAAUUAGGAAAAAGAGAAUCAGAAGACCGGGAGCUAGGUAAAGGAUUUAGGGCUCAAAGAAUGCCUCAUGAUCCAUCAUUUGAUUGGAAUACGUUAUUAGAAUAUAGAAAACGCACCAGCUUGAAAAUUAUUUUAAAAGGUAUCCAAACUAAAGAAGAUGCUUUAAAAGCAGCCGAAUUGGGUAUUGAUGCUAUUAUUAUUUCAAAUCAUGGUGGCAGACAACUAGACUCUUCUCGCCCUACAAUUCAAGUCUUGGCUGAAGUCGUACCAUACCUCAAGGCAAACGGUUAUUAUCGCAAGAUUGAAGUAUUGGUAGAUGGGGGUAUCAGAAGAGGUAAUGAUGUGGUCAAAGCAUUGUGUCUUGGUGCCAACGGAGUUGGUUUGGGUAGGUCCUUCUUAUAUAGUGGAUCUAUCUACGGUAAAGAUGGAGUUAAAAAGGCUAUUGAAAUUUUAAAUGAUGAAAUCAAGUUAAGCUUAAGACUAUUAGGAGUAAACCGUUUAGAUCAGUUAAAUGAAAAUUACCUUGAUUUAGCCAGGUUUCAUUAGC